CAAAAAUGGCAGCCCAAACUCACGAUGACCCCUUCGACUUUGAAAACUCCCUCCUCAACCUCGAAGAAGAUUUCUACCAACAAGGCUACGCCCAAGGCGUCUCGGACGGCGCCAAGGCCGGCCGCACCGAAGGCCGCCAGCUCGGCUUGGAAAAGGGGUUCCAGAAGUUUGUCCAGAGCGGCCGGUUGCAUGGCCGAGCCAUUGUCUGGGCGAAUCGGUUACCGUCCAAGCAGGACGUUCGUCGUCAUCAUCUCCUUCAGCAGCAGCAGCAGCAGCAGCAGCAGCAGCAGCAGCAGCAGCAGUCAUCACAAACCGGCCAACAACAGCAACAACCUCAGAGUUUGAGUCAGAAUCAGAGCCAGAGUCAGAGUUCGAGUCAGAGUCAGGACAAGAGUCAAAAAGUGGAGGAUAGCCUAGAAAACUUAACUCUGGGUAACAACAAGCCGGAGAAAACAGAGGAGCUGCGCCUACUGCCCAACAACGCCCGUCUAGAAAAACAUGUCUCUACCCUCUUUGCGCUGGUCGAGACCGACACGCUAGCGAAAGAAAACACGGACGAGGCAGUGAAUGAUUUUGAUGAUCGACUGAAGAGGGCGCAGGGAAAAGCCAAGAUUGUGGAGAGGAUGGUGGGGGAGGUGUCAGAAAAGAAGAAGGCGAAUACGAAUCCUCCGGCGGCGGCGGUUGGGGGUGCUGGUGAGGGUGCUGGUGAGGGUUCUGCGGCUGGGGCUGGGGCAGGGGCAGGGACGCCGAUUGCGGGUGUGGAUUUGGGGAGGAUUGGGAAUGAGGUUUAGAAUCAUGAUUGAGCUGGGUUAUUGGUAGGCAGGGAAGGGGAAUAAGGAACUGGAAGGUAAGGGAGGCGAAUGAGGCUAUAUAGGGGGGAGGAAAAAGUUUGAGGUGCUAGAAAUGUGAGAUCGGGACUUGGGACCAUAGACGUGGAAGUUCUGAGGAUGGGAAAAUCAAAUCGGGGCAGAAUACAAAGUGCUGGAGGGUCAGAUAUGCCAAAUCUCAUAUUUGGGUCAUAGCCCAAACGUCAGUUACUCUCAAAAACCGUAUUUCCCUCUGGACGUUGAAUGCCAUAAUCUAAGCAAA